GAAGUCCCGGUCCGCAGCCGGAAGUCGAGCUCCGCGGCUGGCGGCUUCAGUUCUGCGGCCGUUGUGGCGGUUGCUGCAGCUCUACGCCCAGUAUCUGGAUGGAGGCGGCACGGGAUCCAGGCCCGGGGCUGUGCUGCAAGCCCGGCGGGCGUCUGGACAUGAGCCACGGCUUCGUACAUCACAUCCGCCGGAACCAGAUCGCUCGGGACGACUACGACAAGAAGGUGAAGCAGGCGGCCAAGGAGAAGGCGAGGAGGCGCCACACACCCGCACCCACGCGGCCCCGCAAACCAGACCUGCAAGUGUACCUGCCUCGCCACCGAGAUGGCUCUGCCCACCUGGCCAGCCCAGACUGUGAGGAGUCCGGUGAAAGCAGCAGUAGUGGGAACUCGGAGCCGGAGCCCCCUGGCCGCCAGCUCUUCUGUUUAGAAUAUGAGGCGGACAGUGGAGAGGUCACAUCAGUUAUUGUGUAUCAGGAUGACGAUCCCAGAAGGGUGAGUGAGGAAGUAUCAGCACAUACACCUCUGGACCCAGCCAUGCGAGAGGCCCUCAGAUUGCGCAUCCAGGAAGAGCUUGCAAAGCGCCAGAGCCGACACUGACCAGGCUGAAGGCAUUCAGGCAGGAUUCUCUGUACUUGGCAGAAUUUCACCCAGGGAACUUACCCCUAGUUUGGGGUACCAGGACCAGUCCAUAUGAUCUUCAGGGAUCCUUGUCCUCCUCUCCAAGCUGCUGUAUCCACAAAGGUGUUGCAGGACCGCGUCUGGCCUACCUCCCAGCAGCAGUUCUUUUAUGUAUGUUGACCCAUUUGUCUGACCUAACAUUCUGGAAUCUUAUGACAGUUUUGGCUAAUUUGGUAUUUUGGGAGCAGAGACUUCAGAGAGAACUGGGGCUUUUGAAGCCUUUGCCCACAUGCACCUGUCUUGAUGAGGUUAUUUGCUCUUCCGUUCCAUGAGCCAUAUUUGUUAUUUUGUGGUUCUUUGGUGUUUCUUCUUUCUUCUACCCAUCUUCCCGUAGACCAGUUGUCACUUUUCCUGUCUUUUGCCGUGGGUAGAAUCCAUUUCUCCUACCCUCCCAACAUGACUGUUUCUCUACUACUCAGGAAUUUGGAAGUGGGGCUUCUGGGAACCUGCCUUCCUACCAAGUUCUCCAAGUAAUUCUGAUGCCAAUAAAACAGGAGAACUUUGUUUUUGAGGCCUAUUUGGAAACAUAUCUCCUUCCCCUUCAAUGGCUUUCCCAAGCUGAUCAUACGCCCCACAGCUUUGCACUGUGUAGAAGACUGUAGGAAGAAGACACUGAGCCAAGCUUCUAUCAUCUGUUGGAAAACCUGCCUUCUUGGAGUGGUGGCACACACCUUUAAUACCAGCAUUCAAGAGGUAGAAGCAGGAAGCUCUCAGCUGUCUGUAAGUUCAAGGCCAGCCUGGAACAAAGGGCGUUCCAGGUCUCUAUAGAGAAACCCUAGCUCAAAAAAAAAAAAAAAAAAAAUGGUUAAAAAAGAAAAGAAAAACCUGCCUUGGCUAGGCCUACCAAAUUCACUCCCAGCUCAGACUAGAGGGAAUUAUCAAAACAAACUUGAAACUAACUCUUCAAUCAUGGUUUAAUACUAUUGAAUUAUUGAAGUUGGAAAAGUUCACAAUAGCUAUAAUUGCCUCUUUUCUUUUUGGCGGGGUGGGAAACUGUGGUUGUAAAAAGAGAGAGAGCGAGUCCUGAAGAAUACCGUGGACCAAGUGAACUGAACACUUCUUCACCCCAUGCUUUCUUCUUUCCUGCCUGCCAAGAAUAUGUGUGAGCGAGGUUAUGCACCCCUGUGGCCCCAGCAUGCAGGAGGCCGAAGUAGGAGGAUUGCUACAAUUUAAAGGCCAACCUCAGCUGUUUGAAGAAAAAACUAAAUCAAUGUAAUUUAGAUCCUCUGGGUGAAGAUCCCCAGGCAUAGCAUUUUUCCAACAAGGGACAUGUUUUCCAACACAAGAUUAGGCUAAGGUCUGAAGUCCACAACACAUCCUGUGCACAGGAAUUCAGAGGCACCUGGGGUUUCCAGGAAAUGAGCCUAGCUUCAGCAGCUUGCAGUGUGAGUUGUGAAAGAGCCUAGCAGCAUUGAGGCUGCCUGCAGCCAAACCCCCUACCCCAGGGUUUGUCUUCUAUAUGAGGGUCUCAAGGGCAUUCUGACUGUCAGCGUAGUAGUUUUUCCCUUCAAGGACACUUGGGGGCUCCACUGGGUUUCAUCCUACUCUGCUGAAAACAUGUAAUGGGGCUGGGCAUCUACUUUAUGCCAUGCAAAGGAAUUCUGGGGCAGUGGGUUAGGUGGUAAGUUAAAAGGGCCUGGUUGUGGAUGUGGCUGGGGACCUAACUGCUCUGGGCCCAGAGAGCUGGUCCCAGGGAUAAGUGCCUUAAGCUUGUUCAGGCCUAAGCCCAGUUUUGCUGUCAAAGGGAAACCCUUUACCCUGUCCUGUGCACAGGUGCUGUAAGUGCCUUUGGGCUUCCAUGGUUCGACACCAUGCAGAGCUCCAGGGUGACGGAGUUUCUGCCAGACUGCACACUCUUCAUCCAGCACAGUCUCCAGCUAAUCAGUCCAUUUCCUGACUUGAAACACAAGAGUCACUGGCUGCUUUGAGGGUCUGUGUUCUUAGGGCUUCAUUUCCUAUUUCUUGGUUCAGUUAUUGAACCUAGAAAAAAAUAGACCAGAAGAGAAAUCUGAGAACCCAGCUUCUAAAAAUGUGCCUCUAUUCCCACUUCUUGAAAAAGGAAGAAAUAGAGGAACAGAGCCCUCAGUGUAGGCCUUUUAUGUGUUUAUGUGGUCCACACCAAGACUUCCUCAGAUGGGAGACCAAUGGAAACUCCUCUAAGCCUUUUUUCUAGAAGCACUUUGCUUAUCGGGUGUGUAUGAAAGAUUUUCUAGCCAAGAAAGCACUCUUGAUUCUUAGCUAAUUUGUCCUGAAGCUCCAAACCUGUGCUUACACGAAGGGCGGUCAUUCUGAGCUGGCCUGUUGGAGCAGAUGCUGAUGUUUUCCAGGUAUCCCUGAAAUGCCUCUCCGGGGACCGUGCCUCAGCCAUAUGGCUUAGCUGCAUUACUCUGCUGCUGGGUUCUGGGGUCCAUGAUUGUACUGCUCAUUUUAUUUGGCAGACCUGCUUCUAGAUGUCUCUUAACCUGUUUCAGAACUCACAGGCUCUCAGAACUGCCCUGUGUUGUGGCACAGUAGAAGCAGCCAUAGGCAGGGCUUACAGCAAACUGCUUCAGAAUCAACACUCAUUUGAGGAGAUAAUGUUCUUGGCUGUUUGUUUUUGAGGGUGGGGAUAUGGGGGUAAGGCAGGCUGGGCCAGGUAGAAUGGCACAUGCCUGUAAUUCCAGCAUUUGAGGCUGAGAUGAAAGGUUUGCCAUAUAGCCAGGCAUGGUGACACAUGUUGUUAAUUGCAACACUUAGGCUGUAGAAGCAGGAACGUCUCUUGAGUUUGAGGCCAGCCUGGUCUACGUAGCAAAUUCCAUGAUAGGCAGGACUACAUAGAAAUGCCCUCUCAACUCCUCCAUCUUAACUCAACCCCCCAGAAAGGCAGGAAGGUCUCUUGAGGCCAGCUUGAGCUACGUAAACCUUUAUCAAACAAAAGUAUCGUUCCUGCUCUCUAUGGAAUAUUUCUUCCCUCAGUUCUUAUUAAGCUUGUACUUCACAAUUUUAUAAUUCCUGGACCAGAGUUUACAUUUAGAGAGAGAGAGAGAGCUCGCACUGGUUUUGCAAGGGGCUUGGGCUAUGUGGGCAUACAUGAUAAAGCUGGAGUUGUGGCCCAUUGGCAAGCAUAAAAGUCUUUGAAGAGUGUAGUGCAAGAAGGCAAGAGAGAUAUUGUGUGUGCCAUGAGAGUACUGUAUGCACUGGCUACAGUCUAGCCAGUGAUGGGUCUGGUGUGAAUGUGGAAGAAUAUUCCAUCUCUCUGGUCAUCUGGGAUUCACUGCCAACUAGAGAUCAACCCAGAUCGAACCUCUUUGGGAUGGUAAGUAUUUUCAAACUGCAGUGUUUGACAAGGUUUGUGAAUAGCAGAGUAGUGCUUCCCAAAUAACUCAAAUGAGACCUUUGUAAAAAGGACAGAUGACUUUCCUACCUCUGAGCCGUUUGGGAAAAUCUCAUGGAAUGUUGACAGUUAUUUCAAACCUUAACUACUUUGGAUCCCUAGCCUGUCCCUGGCAGCCCUAGGCAUCCAGCCCAAAUUUCCAUAGGAGUUGGAGUGAUGCUAGAAGGGAAAGCCUUCCUAAUAAAGAGCUCGUCUCCUCCCAGAGCCAACAGAACAAGAGGCUGUGAAUGGUGGUGAACAGUUCAAGAGACGGAGACAGGAAGAGCACUGUACACUCAAGAGCAGCAUAAAUUAUAUAGCAACUCCUUAUCUCAAAAAAAGUAUCAGUGUAGUGGCUGUGCCAUGGCGCUAAAUGUAGAAAAAGCCAUACAUUCUCAUCUCCGGUGUUUGUGUAUAAAUAAAAUGAAUUAUGCAAGCUGUUUGAAAAUUAUGGAAGGCACUUUUUUAACCAAUAAACUAUUUUCACAGCA